GUUACUCGACGAAAGAAAUCGGAGCCUCUCUCGGCGUCCGUGGGCUGCUGCUUUUAUACUCUCGGAGUCGAGGGCAAGAAGGAACGGCUCGGGAUGAGGCGCACGUGACGGCGCCGCACGGACACGUUGAGACGAGAAGUGACGCAUCCGCCGGGCCGGCGCCGGUCAGACCUCCUCGCUUCACAGUUGGGGAGCUCCUCUCCCCGGCUGCCGCGCUUUGACAAGCGUGGGCACCAACAUGUACACACACACACACACGAAGACACGUGGCAUUGAAACAUGCCUGGACGCGCUUGGGAGGAAGCGUUGCGGCAGCGCUGAACGGGCCAAAAUGUCCGCCGCUUUGAACGAAGCCCCGGCGUCCGUUGCAUCCGCGCCGGCUAUACCGCGCGUCGGAGGCGAAACGUAACACCACGAACAAAGAAGCGCAUGCAGAAGAAUUUGGAUGAGAUAUCAAGUCUGCAGAGGACUGUGUCAUGACUGAAAAGAGCUUCGGUCACCAUUCCACCACCACGGACAUUUGGCCGAGUCAUCCAGAUUCAGCCAUCCACAAGACCCCUGUACGAGCCAGACGUGCCCUUCGAAAAGGCCACUUUCGGCAUGGGUUGCUUCUGGAAAUCCGAGUCCUUGUACGGUUGCGUCAAGGGAGUGCUGCGGACCACCGCUGGCUUCGCCGGAGGCACCACGAGGGAUCCCACCUAUCGCUCGCUGAGUCCACAGGAAGAUGAGGCCGACGGGUCCGACUACACCGAAGUGGUGCGCAUUGAGUUCGAUCCCAGGGAGACGAGCUUCAAGGAGCUGCUCAAGCUCUUCUGGCCGAACCACGAUCCGACCCGCGAACACAUCAGCAGGGAGUACAUGUCCGUCAUCUUCUACCAUAGCGACGCCCAGGAGAACGAGGCAAAGCGGUCGCUGGAGGAGAUCCGAAAGAACUACCGCGCACCCGUAGUCACCAAGAUCCUCAAACUGGAACAGUACCACCUGGCUGAACUGCACCACCAGAAGUACCGGCUGCAGCGGCAAACCGCACUGUACAAGAGCCUAAUCCAGUCCGGCAUGAAGGACGUGAGCCGGAGCCACGUGGCGACGCGACUCAACGGCUACGUGGCCGGCUUUGGCACCGUGGCCGCUUUCGACGCUGAAUGCAACCAGCUGGGCCUCUCCGCCGACCAGGCCAACGCCGUUCGUGCUCUGAUCCGCAAGGGCAGAGCUCGCUGACCGCCCUGCGAAGCCUCCACUCCAGCUGCGACUGUACGAGGGCGGUGCCCGCAGCUCUGCUCGCCACGAGACGUCCGAACACUUGAUAGAUAGAAAACGCCCGUCGACCAUGUCUCAAAUAAAUCGCCCCCAAGCAGACAGUAACUGUAUCUUUCAAUGGGCCAAACGAAUUUAGAAUGAUGAGAAGCACAAUUUCGCGGACAUCUUUGGUUUAUUUACCCGACGAGUUUACGCAAAAAAGAAAAAUACGAAAAGUGAAAUAUAGACAGAAAGAAAAGAAAAAAUGUGAAAGGCCUGAGUGAGACAGCCUAGGGCGAAAGAGCUUACCCGUUGGUAACGGGGUUAUUCGCGGCGCAUUCGUCAGCCCCCUCGUCAUUGGCAGUGUACAGGUCGUUGACACAGUCCCCGUUACGCGUGCUUUUACAUAAUCGACGAACACGCAAACCAGUUUGUGGUGUCCUGAUCAAAUUGAGUAGAAUGUGACGUCAAAAAAAAAAAAAAAAAAAGAAA